AUGUUCGAACACACCAAGCAGUUUCACCGCGUCCCAGUUGGGUUCGGGCCCGCACCCAGCCCAAGGCAGGACCCCUCAGGCAAGCGAUUCGACUGGUCCUCGUCGAAAACGACUACAGUCGGCAUUGUAGUCGAGUGUGACCGGGCAGCAGUCCAGGCAAUACUCCCAGAGGGGUACAAGGUGGAGCCGCCCGCCUCCACGCCCCCGGACAAGGCCAACGUCCUCUUCGAGGUUAUGGAGCUGCGCAACCUGCCCUGGCUCGCCGGCCGCGGGUACAACACAUGGGGCGUGUACAUCAGCGACGUAGUGUGCCACCGCGCCAAGAGGGAGGACGGCUCCCCGUACAAGGGCUCGUACCUGGCCGUCCUCUUCGAGAGCUUCACGGACCCCAUCACCACGGGGCGCGAGGAGCUCGGCUUCCCCAAGGUCUGGGCGGAGCUCCCGGAUGGGUCCGUCACGGACGAGGGCAAGACCCGCGUCCACACGGCCAGCUGGUUCGGCCACGAGUUCCUGCGCCUCGAGAUCCGCGGCCUGAAGGAGCACGACCCGGCGACUGCCCCGGCCCUCACCCGCCCCGCCGACGGCUUCACGCACCCCAGCCAGCACGGCUUCCUCCAUCACCGGUACGUACCCGCCGUCGGUGAGCCCGGCAAGGCGGACGCGAGCUACGCGACCUUCAACCCGGCCCCGCCGGGCAAGGCGCCCGUCAAAAGGUUCUGGGCCCCAUUCCCCAGCCCCGGCCGGAGCCAGCCGGGCAAGGACGUGUCCGCGGGUGUGGCCGGGCCAGAGGUUGACUUUAAGAUCACGCCGGGGACGUUUGAGCAGCUGCCGACGCUGCACAAUGUCGUCAGGGGGCUCGCGGGCCUGCGGCCGGGAAGGGUUCUCGAGGCGGCUGUGCAGGAGAUACGGGGUGCUAGCGAUCUGCUUGCGAAUCAUCGCAUUGAAAAGUGA